AUGGGAAUCUAUGAUGCGCUUGUCCUUGCCGACUCUCCGCUCUUCACCUACUACCCGCCUCCUGGGCUCGACCCCUCAUCGUCCUGGGUAACGGUCUACCCAAACGCCACCCUGCCGGUCUUUUACUACAGCACGGAGACUCCUGUCGCUUCAGUCCAGUUCGAUUUCUAUGGCAACGAGGUAGGGCUCAUCGCACCUGGCGAACCUGGGUGCGGAUAUACGAUCUCGAUCAAUGGCGUGUUCCAGAAUCAUACCUUCCACCAGUCGUUCGACCUUCCCGUGGGGCAGUAUCAUGUGGAGCUCGAUGUCGCUUGUCAACCAGGACAGUCUAUGGCAUUCGAAGGUGUUAUACUGUCUGAGACCCAGGGGCCUAAUGACCUCAUCGAUGACACUGUAACGCUUACCAAGAAUGAUAUUCGCACUACUGGGCUGUGGGAAGAGAAGGUGGUCUACUCGCCAUACUACCUUGCGAACUUCACUCAAUUUCAGACCUAUUUACCUGGGUCUACCCUUUCUUACACCUUCAAAGGUGUCCAAACCCAGAUUAUCGGCACUGUUGGGCCACAGAGCGGCAGUUUACAGGUCACAAUCGACGGCCAACCUUCUAAGAUAUUGUCGACCUACCGGCCAGGAUACGACGAUACGGUGGUGCUAUAUCUCAAGCAGUUCCUAGAUAACUACGAGGAGCACACGGUGGAAGUGACGAACCUUGGUCAGAACCUUACGAUACUGCAGAUGAACUACGAUGUCCUGGCACCCGAGACCUAA